AUGUCUACUGAACAAGGUAAAGAUAAUAAAAUUGAUGCCCCUGAUCAAGAUACAUCAAUUGAAAAUCUUAGAUUAGUAGACGAGUCACAUACUGAAGAUGAAGAACAUGAUGAAGAAGACGAACCAGAUCAAGAGCAAGAAAAUGGAGCAAUCCAAUAUCCAGGAACAGUUUUACCAGAUAAUAAUCAACAAGAAAUUGAUGCAGACCAAAAUUUAAUUGCAGAUUUGGAUCCAAAUACUGAGUUUAUUGAUUUAGUUCACUUAAAAAUUUCAUCAUUAGAGGACUUGGAUUUAUCAAGGUUUAAAAAAUUAGAAUCAUUGUGUUUAAGACAAAAUUUAAUUACAUCAAUGGUUGGAGUUAAAGAAAUCUCAGAUACAUUAGAAGAACUAGACUUUUAUGACAACAGAAUAAAUCAUAUAUCAAGUUCAAUACAACAUUUGGUAAACUUAACAAAUCUUGAUUUAUCAUUUAACAAGAUCAAAAACAUUAAAAAUCUAGAAACAUUGAUUAAACUAACAAAUUUAUAUUUUGUUGCAAAUAAUAUCAGGGAGAUAAAGAAUUUGGAUAGUCUAACUAAUAUUACCAAUUUAGAAUUAGGUGGAAACAAAAUUGAAAAAAUUGAAAAUCUUGAUAAGUUAACACAAAUUACUCAAUUAUGGCUUGGUAAAAAUAGGAUUUAUAAAUUAGAAAAUUUAACACCAUUGAUAAAUCUUAGAGUAUUAUCAAUUCAAUCAAAUAGAAUAAGUAAAAUCGAAGGUUUGGAAAAUUGUAAAAAUUUAGAAGAACUAUAUUUAUCUCAUAAUGGUAUUACAAAAAUUGAAAAUUUAAAUGAAAAUUUAAACUUACAAGUUCUUGACUUAACGUCAAAUAAAUUAACUGAAUUAUCUGACUUAAAGCAACUAACAAAAUUAACUGAUUUUUGGUGUUCAUAUAAUCUAAUAUCAAGUUUUGAGAAUAUUGGUAAAGAAUUAGGUAAAUUACCUGAUUUAGAAUGUGUUUAUUUUGAAGGAAAUCCUGUACAAACUGAAAAUCCAAGUGCAUAUAGAAGAAAAUUGAAACUUUAUUUGGGUCCAUCUUUGAAUAAAAUAGAUGCAACUUACAUACAUUCGUGA